CAUGCCGGUUUCUUUGGUAAUAUAAUAAUUGAAAACUUAGUAAUACUUGUUGCAUAAGCCAUGACCAGUCUUAAAAUUGGAAUUGUUAAUACGUGGUGACUCACUAUGAUAUACAUAAUCAAAUACGGAGAGCAAAUCGUUAUAUCACAUUUAAGUAAAUUAAACUAUGACAAUAUAAUUAUGAUUUGUGAUACAUACAUAUGUAUAUGUAUGUAGACAAUGUAGAGUUGUGUUUGCCUAAUCGCAGACAAAUUAAAAAUCUCACAACCAAUUUUCAAUAAGAUUUAUGAACCAUGCACAUUUUUAUGACACAAUAAUACAUACAAUGGAGUAUUUGUAACGUUAAUGUCCAAUUUGUUGUGGCAAUGAGCAAUUUUGUUUCUUCAAACUCGCUAAUUACAAUUUCGGCAUUGAAUUUUUAACUUCCAGCUAUAGACACCUCGAAAGUUUUCUCAAAAUUAUCCAUCUAAUAGAUCGAAAUGUACAACAAUAUGUACGUCUUGAUAUUUUUCGUAAUCAAACUUGUGCUUGCGGAGUGGGAAACCGUGGAGGUGCCAGAAGUGGGCACUAUCCGGGGGUUAAUUACUGAGGAUAUCGUCCAGUUUAAGGGUAUCCGCUAUGCAGAAGCACCACCCAGAUUCCAACCUGUCAAAAGUUAUAAUCGUUACGAUACGCCUGUGGAUGCAAACAAUGAGACAUCCUGUUUUCAAGCUCCAUCAAGUUUAAUUCCUGUAUUGGUAGAGGACUGUCUUGUGCUCAAUAUUUAUAAACCAAAGGGAAACUCUAGUGGACUUCGUCCCGUGUUGAUCAAAAUACACGGUAAGGGCCUCAUCCAUUAUCAAAGAUCGUAGUAGUUUUUUUGUAAAUAUGA